AUGAAUAGGAUUAUUAUUAAUUUACUUCGACAAGCAGAAAUCAGUUUUUCUAAUAUAUGUAUUCAACAACAACGAUCAUUUCAGUUAUCAUCAAAUCGUUUACAGAGUGUUGAAGAACAAGUACAAGAACAAAAAAAACGAAAUGUCGAAGUACAAGAUAUGCCGGAAUUAGUUCGAGAUUUUCUUGAUCCAGCUGAAUUUUAUAAACAAGUCAAAACUAUCUGUGGUAUUGAUCAUUUUUGUGGUGUACCUGAUUCUUUGCUCAAAGAUUUUUGUGCUUAUGUUACAAAAAAUGUUCCGUCCAGUAAUCAUCUGAUUACAGCAAAUGAAGGUUCAGCUAUUGGUGUUGCUUGUGGUUCUUAUAUGGCUACAGGAAAACCAUCAUUAGUUUAUUUACAAAAUUCUGGUCUUGGUAAUAUUAUUAAUCCUAUUCUAUCUCUUGCAAUACCAGGAGUUUAUAGCCUACCAAUGUUACUAUUAAUUGGUUGGCGUGGUGAGCCAGGUAAACGUGAUGAACCACAACAUCGCAUACAAGGACCUGCAACACCUGGUAUUCUUGCUGCAUUAAAUAUUCCUUUUCAAGUAUUACCAGAUUAUCAUGAAGGUGCUAGUCAAGCUCUUGAAACAGCUAAACGUUAUAUGGAAACAGCAAAAGGUCCAUAUGCAUUACUUGUUAAAAGACAAACAUUUUUACCAUAUUCAUUACCGAAAAAAACUGAUGAUUCUGGAUUAGUUUUUACACGUGAAGAAGCUUUACAAUGUGUAAGCGAAUAUUUUCAUCAUCGUGAUGUGGUUGUUGGUACAACUGGAAUGCUUAGCAGAGAAUUAUUUGAACUUCGAAAGCAACGUGGUGAUGGACAUGAACGAGAUUUUUUAACUGUUGGUGGAAUGGGUCAUGCGUCAUCAAUUGCUUUAGGUAUUGCUCUUCAAAGACCAAAUCGAACUGUAUUUUGUUUGGAUGGUGAUGGUGCUGUUAUAAUGCAUAUGGGUGUAUUAGGAAAUAUUGCUGCAACUGCUCCAUCUAAUUUUAAACAUAUUGUUUUUAAUAAUGGUACACAUGACAGUGUGGGUGGACAGCCAACAGUUGCUGGCGAUUAUAAACAAUUUUCAUUUGGUCGGAUAGCUCAAGGUUGCGGUUAUAAACAUGUAAUGUUAGCAACAAAUAAGAAUGAAAUCAAAGAAGCAAUGGAAAAACUUCGUGCAAUUAAAGAUGAUGGUCCGGUUUUACUUGAACUUCGAGUUAAAUCUGGUCAUCGAAAAAAUCUUGGUCGACCAACUCGAUCAACAAGUGACAAUAGGAAAGAAUUUAUGCAUUUUUUACAGCUUAAUUAA